AUGGAUGAUCUGUUUGGUGAUAAAAAAGAGGAAACAACAGUCUUAGAUUUAUCCAAAUGUUCAGCUGACACCAAAGAAGAAUUUAAGAGGCUGCUGGAACAAGUACCUGACUACAAAACAAGACCCAUCAAGGUUCGUCAAGAAGAGAUCAGAAUACGUGAAAAAAACUUCAAAUUUCGCAUUUCCAAAAAACGGAUGGUUCGUAAAAACAAAGAAGCAAACACAGGCGGAAGAUACAAAUACCAAAAUCCGAUUCCAAUAGAGAUGCAAUCUCUAAAAAUGGAAGAUUUGUAUUCAGUUCCAAUUGAUUGGAGAAUGUUGACCACUUUGCGUCCAAAAAAUAAAGUGGACGAAGAGUAUUUCAGCAGGCUGGUGGAACUCGGAAAGGCUUCCAUGAAAGCCCUAGAACGAGAAAAGACCCAGGAAGCAAAACAACCUGAUGCUCGAAAGACCAAAAAUCGUGCUGGAGUCAUCGAAACAAGAUUGGUGUCUUGUGCUGAAUGUCUUGAAGAACUCUGUGACGGAAAGAAUUGUUACAAGUUCACCUACGACAUGUUUGCCCGUCCAGAUCCAAACGCGGCUGAAAAUCAAACCGGAAACAAUAUUCCUAAAACAAUAGCGCCCCAAAGUUCCGGAGCGCCCGGAGGAGGCACUGGAGGCGGAGGUUCGCGUGGGAAAUCCCGAAACAACCAGCGGAGACCCCGUACAGUCGCUGUAGGAAAUUCUAAUGCUAAAAAUAAAAGUGCGAAGGGCAAUAAGCCCCUUAGAAGGAGCAAAAGUGUCGGACCUCAGUCUGCUAGGUCUAAGAGCAAAACUAUGACCAGGAGCAAAAGUUUGGGAAGAAAACAGAAUUGA